AUGCUCGCUGCCCCUACUGGAGACUUCUUCCGUCGUGCUAUGGAGCACAGCAAGAUUGCCACCGUCCCUCCUAUGGGCCCCAAGUCCCUCGGUCGCGGCGGCUACCGCGGCCGUGGCACUUACAGAUCCACCCGCAGAGGAACCAUUGAGAAUGGCAAGACUGAUAGCAGAACCCAGCCUGCACCCGUUCCAGGUUCAGCUACCAAGCAGGAGGCCAAGGAGAUUAUCCGUAGCACUCAGACCAACGUCACAUUGCCUGAACACUACCAUGAUCGCGGCCAGCCCGAGCUCCAGAUCUUGCCCGUCCUCAAGUAUGCUGACGGUAGCAUGACUACUGCCCCCGAUGUGCACGGAGUGACCAUGCCUAUUACUCCUCACAAGAGCCAUGCUGGCAUGAACACUUCUUUGGCCGAGAAGUUCAAGAUCCAGGGCCAGGCUCAGGUUCAGAGCUCCCACUCGUUGGCCCAGGCUCAAGGUCCUCGCCCUGACAGAUCCAACUCGCUGCAGCAGACCCAGAGUGGUCAAACCCUACAGAGUUCCAACAUGCCUCCCGUCAUGUACACACCCGCUACUGUUGGCACCAGCAACCCUAGCAAUGGCCAGGUCAAGCGCAAGAAUGGUUCGAUCUUUGACGAACAUGGCAUUGACAGAACCUCUUUCGAGAUGCCCCCUCCACCCAAGCCUUCUGUCUCUCAGCAUGGCUCUGUGUCUGACUUGGAGUACCGCAGCACUCCACGCACUAUGCCCAACGGCAACCGUGUUUUCAACAAUGUUGAUACCUGGUCGUACAGCUCUGUGACUCCUCCUCGUCAGCUCGUCGCACCCAAGACGCCUAUCAGCCAGUCGCGCAGUCUGUAUGAGCUGUCCACCAGUCCCAUGGAGACCUCGCCCUACGGCACACCCACUCGCCACGGAGUCCGUCUUCCUUCCACUCCCUCCGGCGUUCGUCUCCCUUCGACUCCUCGCCGUAUUGGAUCCCAGGGCAAGAGCACCUUCGGCUUUGGACAGGUGCCUGAGGAGCUCCGCACUCCCGACAGCAGCCCUCUGACUGCUCGUAUCCAGCUUGCUAAGAAGGCUGAUACCCCUCGUCCCUCUUCCAGACUCGGUCACGCCGAGCAGGAUGAAGACAGCAACAAGCCCCACUGGGUCUCGAUGCUUGUCGACGAGUAA